UUUAAUUAAUAAUUACAGAACCAACCGAUAGCCGCUAGCUCGCCGCCUCUUUCUUCUGGUAUUCUAUCUCCCAGUCUCUGGCUCUUCUCGCCAUCUCCUCUCCCUGCGACAACUGAGCCAGUCAUGGCGGACUCUCUGAACUACAGUCGUUUCUUCAAUCCAUGGGUACUUCACUUCCAGAAGAUGGGUUUGGAGCUCAAAUGCCCUCUCUGCUUAAAUUUGCUGAACCGGCCGAUAUUGAUGCCCUGCAAUCACAUAUUCUGCAGCUCUUGCAUUCCAAGAUCCACGGAUGCUGGUUUGCACUGCCCCGUCUGUAAAUCGCCAUAUGCUGAUGAAGAUUUAAGAUCUGCUUCUCACAUGGAAAAUAUAGUAAACGUCUAUAGAAGUAUGGAUGAUGCGUUUAGGGCUAGUCUCUCCCAUUGGUCCUCUCAAGUUGUUCAGCCGGAUGUGCGGAAGCCUUCCGAUGGAUGCCCGGCUUCAGAUAAAACAGAUAGGGGCGACAAGUUGAGGAAGGAACCAGCUGAAACAAUCCGAAGGGGAAGCAAUGGACAAUCGUCUAUAGCUUCAUUAUCUCCUAAUAAACGAACUCAUGUGUCUCCCCAUCAUUCAGAAAUCAAAGCCGAAAAAUCUCGCGAUUGUGUGGUUAGGAGCUUCAAUAGGAAAGAUGCAUCAUUGACCCACGAAGAUACUGCUGCAUCGUUACGGUUCUGUCAGUUCAGAGGCAGACAGCGGGAAGAGGGACAAACCCAAGAAAUGGAUCUGAAUCAGGUUGCACCGACGUCACCUGAGAGCCUUCCAUCCUUUGGCGAUGCUAAGGAUUCUGAUGAUGACAGUUCAGCACAGUUCAGCAAGCAUGGUACUGAAAAAAUGCGAGAAGAUGUUACAAGACCCGAAAUAGACAUGGGACUGCCUAAUCACGCUAAAGAUUAUGGCAGAGAGUCAAAGAGAAAAAAGUUGAACUACGGACAUCAUGAUGAUGCUGUACAGUGUUUGAAAUUUGAAAAUAUUUCUAAUUCCAAAUCUCAAGUUAAAGAUGAAGGACCUGUUUCCAGUCCACAACCACCUGCUGCUUCAGAGAGGUUGGAUGCAAGCUCAUCUGCAGUCUGUGCAUUUUGCCAGUCUUCUAGAACUUCGCAGUAUGUUGGGCCAAUGUUGCAUUAUGCCAAUGGUGUGCCAGUAGCAGCAGAUGACACAAAGCAUUCCAACGUCAUUCAUGCACACAGAAAAUGCAUUGAGUGGGCACCACAAGCGUAUUAUGAGGAUGAAAAUGCUAGGAAUCUAGAGUCAGAAGUAGCAAGAGGUGCAAAGCUCAAGUGCAGUGUUUGUGGUCUCAAAGGGGCAGCUCUUGGUUGUUAUGCAAAAUCCUGCAGAAAAACUUUUCAUGUUCCUUGUGCAGUGAAUACUCCAGGUUGCCGGUGGGAUGGUGAUAAUUAUCUGAUGUUUUGCCCAGCUCAUUCUUCCUUCAAGUUUCCAAGUGAAAAGUCAAAGUCACGAAAGGCCAUUAAAGCAUGUGAUCCUUGGGCUGAUGAAGGGGAUAGUAAUCAAGCUAACAGAUCCUGGGUCACUUCAGCUGAUACGUGUAAAAGGCUGGUUCUAUGUGGUUCUGCUCUUUCUGUUGGAGAGAAGAAUCUCUUGAACAAGUUUGCAAGAAUUACUGGUGCAACUGUUUCUAAGAUUUGGAUACCAAAUGUCACUCAUGUCAUUGCAGCCACAGAUGAGAUAGGUGCUUGCAGCAGGACACUAAAAGUACUAAUGGCAAUCCUAAAUGGGAGAUGGAUACUAAAUAUUGAUUGGAUAAAAGCAUGCAUGGAAGCUAUGGAUCUUGUAGAUGAAGAGCCUUACGAAGUGAACCGGGAUAUUCAUGGCUGUUGUGAUGGCCCCAAAAAUGGCAGGCUCAGAGUCGUGGAUAAUGCCCCAAAGCUCUUUCAUGGGCUAAAGUUCUGUUUCAGUGGUGAUUUUGUUCCCUCUUACAAGGGAUACUUGGAGGAUUUGGUGAAGGCUGCAGGGGGUACUCUCCUGGAGGACAAGGUCAGCUCAGUCUCGCAAGGUAGUGAUGCACUUGCAACUCCAAUAACCUUGGUUGUGUACAGCCUUGAUCCUCCACAGACUUGCAAUUUAAGCGAGUUUUCUGUUAUCGACAAAAGGUGCAGGGAAGCAGAAAAUUUGGCUGCUGAAAUUGGUGCUAAAGUCAUUGGUCAUACAUGGCUUUUGGAAUCGAUCGCUGCCUGUAAAUUACAAUCCAUUGACUUGCUAUAGACUGUUUUAGAAUCAACUUGUUUAACUGGUCGACAACCGGCCAUGUGUAAUCUGUUUCUUCAGACCUCCAGCUUCAUCUUUUGUUUUUUGUUAUAAAUUAGAAUGUAGAAGCCUUGUAAUUGGGUUGAUUGGCAAAUAGUGAAGAUAUCUGGUUUGCUUCUAGAGAAGCUCACCGCCUAACUUUUAGCCCUGGAACAAACGAAAAGCACAUCUAGGCUUUUUUCCAUUGUACAAGUUAAAUUAAAUGUUGUAAUGCAGGGUUUCUUUGGUAUUACUUUCAGAGUUCAGCA